GUUACCGAACAAGUACUUUCGAUUGAUAUACCAAUGUAUUACUAAACUUUCUGAUUGUUAUUGUUUCAUUCAACUAUGUGGCUGUUGGAUGUAUUACUUUUCCUUCUGGUAGUAUGUUAUGCGUCGGCGCUGAACAAGCACACAUUGGGCAAUGUAUCAAGCAGCAGCGAACCUAUACAGUUAGAAGUGCAAGACGGUAUCGACAACGUAUAUCUGUCACCUUCUACCACGUUGUACAGGGUGGUAGAAGGAGAACAGCUAGAGUCUAUAACCUGUUCAGCCACAUGUAUUCCGGCCUGUACGUACGCAUGGUCCACAUCAGAAAAAACGGUCAGUGCUACAGACACACUGGACCUCGGUCAGGCGGAGAGACGGAAGGCCGGAUCCUAUACGUGUACGGUUCAGAACACGAUUUCACGUUUUACAAAAAAUGGACCAGUCGUGAGCCUCAAUGUCAUAUAUGGUCCCAACAACGUAUCUCUGUCACCUUCUUUCACUACAUACAGCCUCAGAGAGGGAGAACAAUUAGAAGUUAUAACGUGUGCUGCAACGUGUAACCCGGCCUGUUCCUACUCAUGGUCCAGAUCAGGAGAUAGUGUUAGCUCUACAGCCACACUGUUCCUCGGGCAAAUUGAGCGAAGGGAUACCGGAUCCUAUAUUUGUAUGGCAUGGAACCCGAUAUCACGUGUUUCAAAGUAUGGGCUAGCCGUGAACGUUCAUGUCAUAUAUGGUCCCGACAACGUAUCUCUGUCACCUUCUACCACUACAUACAGCCUCAGAGAGGGAGAACAAUUAGAAGUUAUAACGUGUACUGCAACGUGUAACCCGGCCUGUUCCUACUCAUGGUCCAGAUCAGGAGAUAGUGUUAGCUCUACAGCCACACUGUUCCUCGGGCAAAUUGAGCGAAGGGAUACCGGAUCCUAUAUUUGUAUGGCAUGGAACCCGAUAUCACGUGUUUCAAAGUAUGGGCUAGCCGUGAACGUCCAUGUCAUAUAUGGUCCCAACAACGUAUCUCUGUCACCUUCUACCACUACAUACAGCCUCAGAGAGGGAGAACAAUUAGAAGUUAUAACGUGUGCUGCAACGUGUAACCCGGCCUGUACCUACUCGUGGUCCAGAUCAGGAGAUAGUGUUAGCUCUACAGCCACACUGUUCCUCGGUCAGAUUGAAAGAAGGGAAGCCGGAACCUACAUCUGUACGGCACGGAACCCGGAAUCAAGUGUAACAAAAGAUGGACUAGUCGUGAGCGUUCAUGUCAUACACGGUCCUGACAAGGUAUCUCUGUCACCUUCUACCACGUUAUACAGUGUGGCAGAGGGAAACAACAUAGCAGCUAUAACGUGUUAUGCUAAGUGUAACCCGGACUGUACGUACACCUGGUCCAAAUCAGGAUCAAGGGUCAGUUCUACAGCAACUUUGUAUCUCCGUCAGAUUGAGCGAAGGGAGGACGGAUCUUAUAUAUGUACGGUAUUGAACCCGGAAUCAAGUAUUUCAAAGAAUGGACCAGACGUGAGAGUUGAUGUCAUAUACGGUCCUUACGUGGUAUCCGUGUCACCUUCUACCACGUUAUACAGAGUGACAGAGGGAAACAACCUAGCAGCUAUAACGUGUUCUGCUACGUGUAACCCGGCCUGUACGUACACCUGGUCCAGAUCAGGAUCAAGGGUCAGUUCUUCAGCCACUCUGUACCUUCGUCAGAUUCAGCGAAGGGAGGCCGGAUACUAUAUAUGUACGGUAUUGAACCCGGAAUCAAGUAUUUCAAAGAAUGGACCAGACGUGAGAGUUGAUGUCAUAUGUAAGUUGAAUUUAUGCGGAAAAUCGCGAGGUGCUUUUCAGUCAAUUUCAUUAUAACUUGCAUAAUUGAAUGUGCAGAUACCAAAUCGUCAUCAGUAUCAGCUGCGCUCUUAUAUUUUUCAAUCAUUCUGAAAUGAUUUGUAUUACUAUUGUUCUAUAACAAU